AGCCAUUAGCUUCCGGUUGUCAUUCUGACCCCAGGGUGAGAGUGGGUCUAUGCCUGUUGUACAUAAAAAGAGAAAUAGUUUUUUUUUUAUUCCAAGCCCCUCCCUCCAUCACUCCUUGUAGGAGUCCUCAUCUCUUCAUGUGUGUCCCUGAUGGGAGGCUGGUCUCGUAGUGCGGUGCUGGACCUGUACCGAGCGCUGCUCCGGGCAGGGCGACACCUUCAGUACACCGACCGCGACUACUACCGGCGCGCCGUGGCCCACGAGUUCCGCCGCUGCCAGACACUGACCGCGCCGAGCGACAGGGAGGACGCACUGAAGAGGGGCCAGUUCUUCCUCCACAGCAGACUGGGGGGGCUGAUGUAGGGGCGGGUGGAGGUCCUCCAGGCGAUACCCCCCUUUUAGCGUGACGCGGCGGACCAUUUACAGAAUGGCGGGGUUGAAUGGUGACCGUAAAGGAAAAAAGGAUGACAACGGCAUGGGCACGGCAUGGGACUUUUUGCUCUCUAACGCGAAGUUGGUGCUUGGGGUCGGAGGAGCUGCCAUGCUUGGCAUCGCGACACUAGCCGUCAAAAGAAUGUAUGACCGUGCCAUCAGUGCGCCGGCCAGCCCUACCAAGAUGGAUCCGUCAGGGAGAAGGAGCUGGGAGGAGCCCAGCUGGGUAGGCUCAUCGCCAAGGGUAUUAAGUCGUGACAUGAAGGCGACCAUGAGCAGGUCACUGCAGACCCUGCCCACUUCUUCCAACUCCUUUGAACCAGACUGCAUCCGAAGGGUGGUGGGGCGGGGGCGUGGCGCCUCGGGCGAGGCUGAUUUCCACCGGGCCCGGAUGCGCCUCUCCUUGCAGGAGAAACUGUGGCAGUUCUACCGGGAGCGCGUGUCCAUCCCGGCCGAGGAGCAGGCCACGGCACGCCGCGCCGCCCUGGACAUCUGUGCCGAGCUGAGGAUUUUCCUGCAUGCCAAGCUGCCUGAUAUGCCUCUACGAGAGAUGUACCUUAGUGGCAGUCUCUAUGACGACCUGCAGGUGGUGACGGCAGAUCACGCUCAGCUCAUGGUUCCUCUGACCCUGGAGAAGAACCUGUGGUCAUCUAUCCCUGGUGAGGACACCAUCAUGAGCCUCCCGGGCUUCUGGCUGAUCCGCCGGGAGAAUGUGGAGUACUUCCCCCGGGGCAGCAGCUACUGGGACCGCUGCGUGGUGGGGGGCUACCUGUCCCCCAAGUCUGUCCUGGAGCUCUUCGAGAAGCUUGUGGCGGGCUCCAUUAACUGGCCGGCCAUCGGCAGCGUCCUGGACUACGUGAUCCGGCCGGUGGUUCCCUCAGAGACACUCACGCUGGAGGUCCAGUACGAGACAAACCGCCGCCUCUAUGUCGACUUCCUUCCUCUACUGGUAAUGGACGACGGCGUCUCGCUGAUCGCCAAGCCCCACCGGCUGGCCGCCGAGCGCCACCAGAACCUGUGGCGGCAGAGCUUCCGGGUGGCGGAGACAACGCGCCUGCGGGCCCUGGACCAGGAGGACGACGGCUGCCGCUGCACCUGCCUGAAGGUGGCCAAGGCCGUGUGCAAGCUGAACCCGGCCCUGGCGCGCCUGACCUCCAGUCAGCUGACCAACGCCAUAUUGCUGCUGAGCGAGAGGGAGGGGGACUGGACCCAGGAGGCGCUGGCCGAUCGCUUCCUGCAGCUGCUCCGCUCGCUGGUGGGACACCUUGAGGAUGGCAGGCUGCCGUGCGCCUUGGUGCCCCGCGUCGACUUGCUCUGUGAGCUGACGCCCGCUGAGGUGGACGAGCUGGGCUACACGCUGUACUGCGCCCUCUCGCACCCCGAGGGACUCCUGGCCCAGGCUGGAUCCUCCGAUCAGGCGUCGACCGUGUGACGCCACCGCUCUGGGGUUUGAAGGCCAUUCAUGAUGGAUGAACAAUGUUUGUCAACUCUUAACUGACUCACGGGGGAGCUCAUGACGAAUGGUGGGCAUUUAAGUAGCUGUUGGGCUUAUGUCCCAAAAUGUUAUUGUAAAUUUGAUUCCACUUGGAAAACCCUGUUAAACCCGGGCUGUUUUCAGGCACACAAGUGUUAUGGUCAGAAUGUUGGCCGCGUGUUUAUUGGCACAAAGACACCCAGGCUGUUAUACCCAAUGGGGUUUAUUUAUAUAAAUACUAAAAUUACAUUUUGAUUAUGGAUGCAAUUACUCUGAAUUACGGUCUGGCACUUGUGAGCCCAAGAGCUUCUUAACCCUCCAUUACUCAUGAGAAAUACUUGAGUAAGUUGAUUGGUAAUGAAGAUGUUAAAUAUGAUUGACACCAAUCACGUCAUUGUCCGGUGCAUGUUUUUCUGACAUGCACAGACUCCUGUGUCGUGUGGGAUUGUCUUCCUUCGCGCCUCUGUAGCCCUCUGUCAUCGAUAGACAUUUUUUCACGACAAGUAUACAUGCUGAAUUUAUUUAUUUAGUUUUUGACAUGCAAGCCAUAUCUGCUCAAUUCAACUACAGGAUCAUCCAAAUACCAGUUUAACCUCAAGCAGUGAAACCUUUCAUCAUAUGGCCCAUCAUGACUCCAGCACUUAAGGUGUGAUGAGUUGAUGAAGGUUCAGGGGAUUAUUACAAAGUGGGGUCCAGGAGUUGGCCAGAAAUAAUUUGGUUCAGCUUUUUUAAAGAUACGCCAGAAACUGUCUUGGUCUAAAUUAGUUAACAACCAACAACGUUGUUUAGCUUUCUUAAUGAACCUGAAAAUCGGUAGUUAUUUCUUGUUUAUCAAAGUAAGCUGGCAAACUGUUUUUGGUGCAUUCUGCGUUAGGGCAUGGUAGUUGUUGAAUUGGCGACUGCUUGAUUGUUUGAUCAUCUGUAACCAAAUUGGAUGGGAUGGUGUAAAAUAAACAUAUUUAAUAAUUAUAAUAUUAUGGCGAUGGAAAUCGAGGUGAAUUUAUUUUUCAAUUUUCGUAGAUCCCUUUUCAGAUUGCGGGUCUUUCAAUCUGAGAUUCUGAGGGGUAUUUCAAAUGUUAUCAUUUCCCUCCAUAGUCACAUGAACACAUCUCAAUCGGCACGAAUGCAGCAGCUGAGGUUUUUACAUGGCUUCAUGUUUAGCUGGGACCUAGGGUUCACCAUGUGUAUCACACCCGCCAUCAGACAUUCCUGUUCAGACAGGUAGGAAUCUGAACACCGCCGGCCACUCGUUGAAAGGUUGAACUGCGUUCAGUGCUUUCAGGGUUCGCUUGGUAACCGUACCAGUUGGCCACGCCACAGGUUUGUUUUGCUGCAGGGAUUCCCGUCUGUUCUGACAGCGUCUGUUAUCGCUCUGAUGCGUGGCAUGACAAAGCCAGGAAGGCAAUGCAGAUAUGGGACCACUGGGUUACUCUUGUUCUUCAGUUGUGAAGUCAGUGCUGAAAACGGGAGCUGUCCUGAAAGCAAUCCCAUGAUGGAACAACAGAAGUCUUGACAUUCUUGAGUAAAAGAAAUGCACAAAUGGAGCAGUUAUUGCCUCACUGGCUGUUGCUGUCUUCUCGUACUGUUUUCUUUUUUUUAGUUUGGUUUGUAACUUUACAGUUUACAGUUAUGUUGUAAUUUCAUCGUAUUUGAAGUUACAAAUAAUUUGUUUUCCGGGACACAUCCCACAAAGGUUGUUUCCUGUGAAUGAAAGCAACAUGUUUGAGAAAUUAAGAUUAACUGUUUAUUUUAGUAAUGUGUGUGAUUUGCGUGAGUUUGAUUGGCAGUCUAGUUUAGAAAAUGAAUAACACAUCAGGUUAUUGUACACACUGGCGUUCUGUCUGUGACAGGAGGGUGAAAUAGGUUAACUAUGUUCUUUCAUAGGUCAGAGUUAUGUUAAUCUGGCUGUUGUAAGAAACAAAAACCUUCUGUGAGUUUCUCCCAGUCUGCGCACACUGGUUCGCUGUGCAUUUGCAGGCAAAACCUCAUGGUAGUUGGGUUGUUGAUCUGGAAGCAGAUGUGUUUCCUGUUGCACAUCAUACCGUUUGACCGUUAAGCCUACAGGUCUUCUAGUGCUCCAGGAACCUCUACUGGCUUAAGGUAACACUUGCUUAGUCCUGACAGCUGCUUGGGUCUGCUGUCUUGAUGUAGUAGUGCUAAUGUUUUAAAGAGCUACUUUUGCCAAGGACAACAUGAUCCAGUAUGCAAUACCGCUUAGUUAGUGUUACCACAUUGGUAUGUUAUUGCGGACAUCGGGACUGAGAUAGGGAGGCUUUAGUUUGAUGACGCCAUUUCUUGUUCCAUCACUCAUUGUGUUUACUCUGUCCAUUUGUCAAAGGCUUUGGGGAAUCCCAUUAGCGUAGAAGACGAACCCACAUUGAAUGACUGCCAUGGUUAAUCUGGUGCUGACCGAGGUCUUGUCCAGGAGACCGACGCUCUCGCAGGGAUGUAAAACCAGGUCAGGGGGCAGCUAUAAAAACCUUCAAUCACACUGUGCCGAGAUGUUCAGCGUUCAGUCAGAAGGCCGUCUUCGAGAGUGCAAUGCCAAUCAAAAGGAACCAUGUCCCAUUAAGCCUUAUAGCCUCAGUAUGUGAGGAGCCAUGGAGAUUCCCAUCUGUCUGAAAUGAACCCUGGAACAUUAUCUGCUCAGUUACCACCACAUGGUCUCUCAGUCUGGUGGGGGCGGACAGUGUGUAGAAGUAAAUCUGUGAUGUAGACCAUUGAUGUUUUUUUUAAAAAUGUAUUUUGUUCAUUUGUAACCAAAAACAAGCAGAGUAUUUAUGUUUGCAGUGCUACCACCAAACUACACGCAGUGAACGUCAUUGUGGACGUGCUAACAUGCACAGCUUACACCACGAUGGGUCUUCCUGCUGUUACAGCAGAGGUGUCAAACCGGUUCCACGGAGGGCGGAGCUUUUUGGUUUUUCCUCAAAAUUGGUUCCCAGUUCAGACCUAAACAACCACGUGAGGGUAGAAAACUAACCAAUUAGUGACCUAAUUAAUGAAGUACAAGCUGAGAGUGAAAACCUGCUGACACCCGGCCGUCUGUGGAACCGGUUGGACACUGCUAGAGGAUGUUUCCUGAAGUGUGCAGAUUGGAGUCUUCCUUCAGCUACAAACAUUUUGGUGUGAAAGUUGGGCUCACGUUGCCAGACGUUCAUUAUCAUAAAGAAGCCCGAAAUAGACCACUACCUCUACCUUGUGGAUUUCAGCCUAGUUUGUGAUGUGCUUGCAUGCAAUCAAUGUACGUUUCUUAUGUUGUCUGUAUUUAGUUCUGGAAUUGAAUGGUACACACAGCACUUUAACUCUAAUAAUAAAUGUUGCAGCAGACGUU